GAAUGGUCUAUCUCCAAUUUUAAUCGCGACAGCAGUUGCAGCUCGUGGACUUGAUAUAAAAAAUGUUAUGCACGUAAUUAAUUACGAUCUGUGCAAAGAUAUUGAUGAAUAUGUUCACCGGAUUGGAAGAACUGCACGUGUUGGUAAUAAAGGGUUAGCGACAACUUUUUAUAAUGAAAGAAAUGCAGAAAUUGCGCACGAUUUAGUAAAAAUUCUAAUAGAAUGUAAUCAAGAAGUUCCGAACUUUCUGAAAUAUGUUGUAAACACAGAAGAUUUUUCUAAUCCACCAUGGGCAAACGAUUCUCAGUCUCAGCCUCAACAACCUCAACAAUGGGGCGAAAAACCACAGCCAGUAUCUCAGAUGGUUAAUAAUGAUAAUUGGACACAAUUACCUUCAAAUCAACAAAGUCAACAAUCAUAUCAAACACAACAACCUACAAAUAUAUAUUCACAAGGGCUGCCACAACAGGUAUCGCCACCACAAUAUAAUACUCCUCAAUAUAAUACAUCCCAACCCCAAUAUAAUACACCCCAACCUCAAUAUAAUAUACCUCAGCCUCAAUAUAAUUCUUCCCAGUCUCAAUUGAAUACUCCACCAAUUGUUAAUUUACCCAAGACAAACAGUCAAUUCACCCCAGUAACACAUACACCAUCGUCUCAUAACUCACAAUCUCCACCUCAACAGCAACAGCAACAACAAAAUUAUGGAAAUAAUAAUGGUGCAAACAGGAAUACGCGACCUCCAGCUGGUUCGGAUGGGUGGGGUGCACGAGAAAAUAUGCAAACGCAAGCAAGACCUUGGAACGAAAAUGAGACUCCAUGGAGCUAA